CAAAUCACGUGACCUCACGGAGAAGAGUCAGGUGAUCGCGGGCCGUCGGGCCCUUCCUUUUCUUCCCCUUCCUUCCGAGCCUCGCAAUGUCUUCGGCCGCUUCGCUGUUGUCGGAGGCGGAGGCCCUGCUCUGGGAGCGAGCCUGGUCCCUUGAAGAGGUCCGCGCGGGGAGCCAGGGCUGGUCCUUGGCCGCCGACGCAGGGCUUUUACAUUUCCUGCAAGAAUUCUCCCAGCAAACAAUCUCUAGGACACAUGAAAUCAAGAAGCAACUGGACAGACUGAUCCAUGAAACAAAAAGUACAGAUUGUCGCUUGCACAAUGUUUUCAAUGGUUUUCUCAUGCUUUCAAAUACACAGUUCAUUGAAAAUACCGUAUGAUGUUAGGAGAACCCU